GCCAUUUUUGUUUGGUUUUUGGUUUUUCAGGCAGCAUUAAAGUUGCAGCUUCGAUAGCGGAUUAAAAAAGCAUAUAAAAUGCAGCAGACGGAACAUGUAUUGAUCCAGUUGUACAGAAAAUGCCUUUUAGAUAUGUGAAAAAGCAACGGUUAGAGGUCAGUCUCGGCUACAUCUGGAGAUGAGGGUGUGAGUAUCUUGCUCAGGGACUCCAAUGGAAGACAGAUGCUACUAACAUAGGGGCUUGAACUCCUGCUCACUCUGCUAUACUGCCCCAAAUGUACAGCACCCAGGAAGCUACUGGCCUUAUGACAUCGAAUCUCUGCAAGGCUCCAGACUCCCAGUGUGCCGCCCUCCCAGCUGUAAUUACUGUUUCCUAUCUGCCGGGAUUGUCCCGACCAGGCCCACCGAGACUCUGCACUAAAUCUCCUUCAUGUCGUCAGUCAGCAUCCAGAUAGAACUCUUCAUGUGACAUCCUGAGGGAAAUAACGCCAAAGAGAUGGGGAGCGGGAUGCGGCCUCUGGAAUUUACUGUGAAAUUAAUGGAAGACACGUUAUUCCAGUGAGCUGCUUAGCCAGUGUGAAAAACAGAUAGUGACAGCGAUAACAAAGCAGACCUUCUCAUCUUGUCUCCGUUGGCCAACCCUCCAGCAGCUAUUUGUCACAAGCAGAUGUUUCCGAGAACCAUGACCUCCAAGUGUGGUUGCUGGGGAAUGGGAGUUUGGCGCCAGCUCUGAUUGGAAACCUGCAGAGCAGAGAGUGCAUGGUCAAGGUUUUUAAUGAAGAUUUCGAGGCUGGAGCUGAUGACGAGUCUAUUUCCCUGGACUUGAUUCAGCUGUUUCUCCAUCUGGCGUUUGAGCACCUGGGGCCCUGGACAGAUGAUUUAGAGUGCAUCUCUUCAGCCUAAAUUGCUUCCAAGCAGGGGGUUCCUCUGCAGCGUCCAGCCCAUCACUUCACAACUGAGGCCUCAAGUUUCUGCUCCAUGUUGCAUGGAAGUUUCCAAGAGCCAAGCUAUUCUUCAGCUCUACAUACAGACUGCCAAAUAGCUGUUCUUGAGCAAUAGCAGCUACGUCGUGCUGUAGGUACCGUGCACCGCCUUCAGCUAUGAAAACUACUUACUGCUCACUCGGGGCCAAACCAUUCAUCGCAGGGAAAAGAGGGAUGGAUGAAAACAUACCCCCUGGUCAAGGAGAGAAUACAUUCAGUGGGAGACCUCUGGAUAUUGUGGAAUGUCUUGGCCCUGCUGCGAAGGAAACCAUCGACAGAUCAGUGUGAGGGAGGCUUUGCUGCUGAAAGGCUACUCCACCUAAUCCCAGGCUGCAUUACUCAACCGGUCCAGUCAAACAGCACACAGACGUGGGGACUUCCCCUUUCCUCUAAAGACGUAGAGGAAUACUGUAUUGCCUCAUACACCACUGAGAUACCAAUCAAACUUUCUUGAGGGGAAUGCAUCCAUCCAUCCAUCCAUCCAUCCAUCACAUGGGUGUGCAGCAGCUCCAUGAGGUGUCAGAGGGAUCGGGACAAUUCGAGUUGCAAAUCUUAUCGAUGCACAAUGUGAACGGAGAGUUGCUGAACGGCAUGUGUUGCGACGGCACACGGAACACGGCGGAUAGAAAAUGCACACGGGACGAGUGCGAUGCGUUUUUUAAAGUUUGCCUGAAGGAAUACCAGUCGAGAGUUUCUGCUGCAGGGCCCUGCAGCUUCGGAAUGGGAUCUACGCCUGUCCUCGGAGGGAAUACCUUUUCUUUCAAGAGCUCUGUCAGGAAUGACAAAUCCAGGAUAGUUUUGCCCUUCAGUUUUGCCUGGCCGAGAUCCUACACUUUGAUAGUGGAAGCCUUGGACUUCAACAAUGAAACCGGUGGUGCAGACGGGAGGUUGAUAGAGAAAGCCUCUCACUCCGGCAUGAUCAACCCCAGCCCGCAUUGGCAGAAGCUGACUCACAACGGCAACGUAGCCCAGUUCGAAUACCAGAUCAGAGUCAGCUGUGAUGAGCACUACUACGGCUUCGGCUGCAACAAGUUUUGUCGGCCCAGGGAUGAGUUCUUCGGGCAUUACACGUGCGACUACAACGGAAACAAGACCUGUCUGGAAGGCUGGUCCGGACCUGACUGCAACACAGCUAUAUGCCGACAAGGCUGCAGCACUGAACACGGAUCAUGUAAGGAGCCAGGUGGAUGCAAGUGUCUGUAUGGCUGGCAGGGUCAGUACUGUGACAAGUGCAUCCCCCACCCUGGCUGUGUACAUGGCACCUGUGUAGAGCCCUGGCAGUGCCUGUGCGACACCAACUGGGGCGGCCAUCUUUGCGAUAAAGAUCUGAACUACUGUGGCACUCACCAGCCAUGCCUGAACGGAGGGACGUGUAUCAACACAGGACCUGACAAGUACCAGUGCACUUGUGCUGAGGGCUACUCUGGAGCCAACUGUGAGAGAGCGGAACAUGCCUGUCUGUCCAAUCCAUGCUCUAAUGGAGGGAGCUGCUCAGAGACCAGUCAAGGCUACGAAUGUCAGUGUGCAUCAGGCUGGAGCGGCCCCUCCUGCACCAUCAAUAUUGACGAUUGCUCUCCAAACCCCUGUAAUCACGGGGGUACCUGUCAGGAUCUGGUCAACGGCUACAAGUGUCACUGUCCGUCACAGUGGACGGGGAAGACAUGUUUGAUAGAUGCCAACGAAUGCGACAGCAAGCCUUGUUUCAAUGCCAACUCAUGCCGCAACCUGAUUGGUGGAUACUUCUGCGAGUGCGUCCCUGGUUGGACGGGGCAGAACUGCGACAUCAAUAUCAACGACUGCAAGGACCAGUGCCAGAAUGGGGGAACUUGCAAGGACUUGGUAAACAGCUAUCGUUGCGUGUGCCCCCCUGGCUUCACCGGCGAGCACUGCGAGAGGGACAUCGACGAGUGCUCGAGCUCGCCGUGUCUGAACGGCGGGCGCUGUCAGGACGAAGUGAACGGCUUCCAGUGCCUGUGUCUGGCUGGCUUCUCAGGAAAUCUCUGCCAGCUGGAUAUCGAUUACUGCUCGCCCAACCCGUGUCAGAAUGGAGCGCCCUGUUUCAACCUGGCCACAGACUACUACUGCGCUUGCCCGGAGGACUACGAGGGCAAAAACUGCUCUCACCUCAAAGACCACUGUCGCACCACCACGUGUAAAGUGAUUGACAGCUGCACUGUCGCCGUGGCGUCCAACAGCACGCCAGGAGGAGAGCGCUACAUUUCGUCGAAUGUGUGUGGACCUCACGGCCGCUGCCGGAGCCAGGCUGGGGGCCAGUUCAGCUGUGAGUGCCAGGAGGGCUUCAGAGGCACCUACUGCCACGAGAACAUCAAUGACUGCGAGAGCAACCCAUGCCGCAAUGGAGGCACCUGCAUCGACAAAGUCAGCGUGUACCAAUGCAUCUGCGGUGACGGCUGGGAGGGCGAUCACUGCGAGAUCAACAUCGACGACUGCAGCACCAACCCCUGUCAUAAUGGAGGGACAUGUCGAGACCUGGUGACUGAUUUCUUCUGCGAGUGCAAGAAUGGCUGGAAGGGAAAGACUUGCCACUCCCGCGAAAGUCAGUGCGAUGAAGCCACUUGCAACAACGGUGGCACCUGCCAUGACGAAGGCGACACGUUCCAGUGCAAGUGUUCACCAGGGUGGGAAGGGACAACAUGUAACAUAGCCAAGAACUCGAGUUGUCUUCCGAACCCGUGUGAGAACGGAGGUACCUGUGUGGUGACGGGGGAGUCGUUCACCUGCGUCUGCAAGGAAGGCUGGGAAGGUCCCACAUGCACACAGAAUACCAACGACUGCAGUCCCCACCCAUGCUACAACAGCGGAACCUGCGUCGACGGGGAUAACUGGUACCGCUGCGAGUGCGCCCCGGGCUUCGCGGGUCCAGACUGUCGGAUCAAUAUUAAUGAGUGCCAGUCCUCUCCAUGUGCCUUUGGCUCAACCUGUGUAGAUGAGAUCAAUGGAUAUCGCUGCCUGUGCCCACCAGACAGAACUGGACCCCACUGUCAAGAAGUGACAAGAAAACCUUGCUCUGUUAACGGACACGUCACCCCUGACGGAGUCAAAUGGGACGAAGACUGCAACACUUGCCACUGUUCCAAUGGGAAAGUUGUGUGUACAAAGAUGUGGUGUGGCCCUAUGUCGUGCCACCUGGGUGCUAAAGGUCGAGGCGGGUGCCCUUCAGGCCAGAGCUGCAUCCCCAUCAAGGAGAGCCACUGCUUUGUGAAGCCCUGUCUCGGCCUCGGAGAGUGCUGGCGCUCCAACCCUCCCCCGACUCCUACCAAAUGCCACCCCAGCUCCAGUUACCAGGACAACAGCUGCGCCAACAUCACCUUCACCUUCAACAAGGAGACCAUGCCUCAAAGCUUGACUGUAGAGGAUGUUUGUAAGCAGCUGAGGCGCUUGUACGUAGUGAAGAAUUUCUCCUUGGAGCAUUCUGUGUCCAUAACCUGUGACCCCUCAUACUCAGCCAGCAACGAGAUCCACGCCUGCAUCUCUACUGAGGACCAUCGUUUGGACCGGAGCCCCAUUAAAGAGAUCACAGACCGAAUAAUCGACCUGGUUAGCAAACGCAACGGCAACAACACCAUCAUCACCGCCAUCGCAGAAGUGCGCGUGCCAAGCCCCAGCAAAACUGACUACCUAGUGCCCCUCCUCAGCUCCAUCUUCAUUGUCAUCUGGGUCCUCGUGCUGGUCUCCAUCUUGCUGUGGUGCAUGCGUCGCCGGCGGAAACAGAGCAACCACAACGGCACGACGGCCGCCGGCUCCGAGGACAACACGACCAACAACGUGCGGGAGCAGCUGAACCAGAUCAAGAACCCUAUAGAGAAGCACGUGGGCCUCACGGUGGCCAUCAAAGACUACGAAAACAAGAACUCCAUCAUUGCCAAAAUAAGGACAAAUCAUCCCGAGGGGGAUGAGGACGACAAGGAGAGGCACUUACAGAAGGGCCGCUUUGCCAAACAGCCAGCAUACACACUGGUGGAGAGGGACGAGAAGACGCCCAUCUCCAACCCCAACUCCACAUCCAAACAUCCAAAUUGGACUAAUAAACAGGACAACAGAGACUUGGAGACAGCAAACAGCAUAAACAGGAUGGACUACAUUGUAUAGCAGACAGCUGUGUUGCUGUGCAACCAAGCCUUAUGCCUUCACACCCCGGUGGUGGGUGAAACGGGGGAGCUUUGGCAUGUGUAGUUAGUAAACUGUCGUGUCAGUCGUGACCCCACAGUAUUUUCAGAUAUUCCCCGUGUUAAUUUAAGUUUUGACAAGCUGGCUUACACUGGCAGUGACAGUUGCUUUGGUUGGCUGGAAACACAAGGCACUGGUAUACAUUUCACUGUAGAACUAGUUGCAAAAGUGUCCUAUGCAUUUCACUUCCCUUUUUUUUUUUAUUUAGUGGACACAUGGAAGGGGCUCCUGGUGUAAUUGUUGUACAAUGACUAAAACUACCCGACGUGUUCAGCACUAGAGCUAAUUAUUUUUAGUAUGUGUUUGAAUUCUUUCUAGUUCUGUUUGGAGAAAGUGCCUUUUCAGUUUUAGACUUCAGCAACUGUCAAAUAAGAAAAAAAGAUCAACUUUAUUAUUUAUUUUUAUUUUUGGG